GCGAGCAUGCCGUCGCUAGCGCAGUCACCGCCACCGCCGCCGUCGUCCUCCUCGUCGUCGCCGUCGUUCUCGUAGUCGUAAAGCCGGUUUAAAGCGAGACCGCGGACCGAGCAGCUCGAGCUUCUCACGCUCCUCUCAGAGACACGUUUGUCCCUCGCUCGCUCGCUCGCUCGCUGCCUGGCGUUCAGUGUGUCGCGCGCCGUCGUCACGAAAGCGCACCUUUGCCGCUUCGCUUUUGCGCCUCGAUCGCAUCGUAUCCGCACCGCGGCGAGCGCGGAGCAAGGCAGCAACAGCAACUCGGGGUAAUUUUUCAUUUCGGAGCAGAGCAGCCGCCUCCGUUCGUUUCGGAGCAGCCUGUCUCGCGCGAGAGACGAGACUCGCGCUAGUUCGUUCGCGCGGCGGCGCACUCUCUCGGUCCCUUUCUCCCUUCUUUCUCGAAUCUCUAGUCAACCCCGAACCCCUCCCUUCUCCUCCCCGCCUCCUCCCCGGCUAUCUACUUCUUUUCCGUCCGCCGGUUCUCCCUUUGCCACCCGCGCCUUUGUCCGCCUCUCCCCCUCCGUCCUUUUCCGCCCUUCGUCGUCGUCGUCGUGAGCGCUCUCUCGCCGCUUCUUUAUCGAGGAACGCUCCUGUAAGUUUCACGUGAGGCUCUCCUCAAAGCGGAAUAGAGAGAAGGAGAGAGACAGAGACGGAGAGAAAGAGGGACCCUCAUCGUCAUCAUUGAAGCAGCUAUGGCGCGCGAGGAAGAACGGUGGUGCUUCUUCUUCAACGGCGCGAACGGACGGCAAAGACCGAUGCGGAUUCCGCUGUUGCUGGCCGUCCUGUGCGCGCUUUUGCUUGGAUCCUUGUCGGUGGUCGCCGAACACGAUGAUUCUUAUUAUAAUUACGCUGGAUGGCAGAGCAAGCAUUAUUUAUCAUCGUUCGAUGAUAGAUCUUUGGAAAUGAGAUUAAUCGGCGACGAGAAUGCAGAGAGGAUGCGCCGGGAGGUAGUGGUGAACGAGCCGAAAGAUGAGUCGGUCAAGGAUCAACCGUCGCAGCCACAACAGCAGCAACAGGCACCGCAGCUGAUGAAUAUGACCAACACACGACCGACAACACAUGACGUAAAGUAUCUCUCGGCUUACUCGACCAGCGAAGCCACGGUCCAAUUCAGGACCACUGAGAUCACUUCCACAUCCAAUCAAACCAUUCAAGUUCAAUCCUUCAAGGACGCCGAGGGCGUCAAGAGUUCCCUCAACACCACCAACCCCAAGAAGAAAGUGACGCAAUCGGUGAAAGCCGAUGAUACGGCGACGCUGAACGACAGGAAUCACACGUUAUCACGCAACAUUACCAAGGAGCUGCCGUCAGUGGACAGUAGCAACAAGAGCAACAACCAAACGAAGGAGACGGAAUUGUCAAAGGACGCGAACACGGCGACGAGCGGCGCCGAGGACGUUGAGAAGCCCGAUGACAUCGGUGACAUCUCCAUCAGCAAAUUCUCCGACGUGACCAACAUCACGCUCACGCAAAACAACAUCACUAAGACGGUCAAUGACACGCAUCAGUAUUACAAUAGCACCUUCAUCGUCGAUCCCGAGAUCUGCAAAAAAUACUGGGUCGACAUGGACAAUCAUCCGGAUCUUAGAGUCAAUCAUUUGCUCAGCCAGAGCCAUCGACGCGCCGCGACUGUCAAGCUGAGGUUCGAUUUCCCUUUCUACGGGUACAACGUGCGCAACAUUACCAUCGCCACCGGCGGUUUUCUGUACACCGGCGACUACGUGCAUAGCUGGCUAGCAGCCACCCAGUAUAUCGCACCGCUCAUGGCGAAUUUCGAUACCCGUCUGUCGAACGAGAGCUGCGUCAAGUACGCUGACAACGGCACGGCGUUUACGGUCGAAUGGGAGAAGGUGAUACUGCAGGACCACCCAAAGGCCGGCCCGUUUACUUUCCAGGUGACCUUGCAUCAGAACGGCGACAUCGUGUUCGUCUACUCGGUGAUACCGCUGGUGAUCGGAAACAUCGAGGACACGCUGCAUCCUGUCAAGGUCGGCCUCAGCGAUGCCUACAUCAUGGACCGGACCGUGUUCUUUGUGCGCCGGAAGACCAUUUACGAGUAUCACCGCGUCAACUUCAACCGGCAGGACAUAAUAAGCUGCACAGUAAUCUACCUGAAAGCUUUGCCCACGUGUCUCAACUUCGAUAACUGCUGGGACUGCCUGACGAAGGUGCCCGAUUUUGAUUGCAAGUGGUGCCCGGAGCUGAAAAAAUGUAGCACCGGCACGUCCCGACAACGGCAGGAAUGGUUGCUCAAGGGCUGCGACGUGCGUAAUAUCAAGGAGGCGAAUAGCUGCCCGGCGCAAAUCACGACCUACAGGGGCGACGAAUACGAUCACGAUGGCCACGUGCAUCCCGAGAAGCCGAUCACCGCCAACGAGAUAAGCGCCAAGCAGGAGAGACCCGGUACCAGUCCCUUAGAGAGCAACACUCCGAAUAAUAUGAAUAUGGGCGUCUCGGGAAUAAUCGGCAUUCUUACCGUGGUCGCUUUAGUGGCGGGUCUCGCAGGUUGGGGUGCGUAUGCCUAUCGCAACCCCCAUAGCACAUCGGGACAGAUGCUAAUUAGGUAUCGUCCAAGCCAAUGGAGCUGGCGAAGAGGAGAAGCCCGUUACACGGCCGCGACCAUUCAUAUGUGAGGUGUCGACGGAGAUCAAGUCACAGUCAAUUGCGAAACUGUCGGACCAAACUUCCUAUUAACUGUAUAGCGUAUCGAGUCUGCGCAAUAAAUAUAAAACGUCUACUUGCGAUGACGUGCUAAGUUUUUGUCAGAUUUUGCAUUGAAUCGCAUAAAUACGGAUAAUCAUUUCCAUUUCAUUUACGACGUUGCGACACGUCGACGCGAAAUCGAUUCGAGCUAAUAAGAGAAUAUUAGAGUCUAUUAUCCUCUCUUCUCUGGAAAUAUUUGACUUAUAUAAGAAUCGUGAUAUAUUUUUUACUUAUUUUAUAAAUAUAUGAAAAUAUACGGUGAUCGAGAAUAAUUAAAAAUAAUUAAGGAAAAUUUAUUAUUAAUUAUUAAAUAAUUAUUAAUUAUUAAUUAUUAAUUAUUAAUAAUCAUCAUUAUUAAUAUAAUAAUAAUUAAAAUUAUUAAUAAUUAAUUUAUUAUUAAUAAUUAAAUUAUAUUAAUUAUUAUUAAUAUUAAAUUAAAAGUUAUUUCGCCGAAAAAAUCUGAUAUUUACGAAAUAUUUACCUACUUAGACGAAUUUGCAAAACUUCGAACGAUUCAAGGUGAUACAAAUUCACGCGAAUUGAUACCCGAGAGAUCGCCCCACGAUCGUAUCAAAUGGAAAGUGAUAGAUGUUUUCAGAAUAUAUUUUGAAAAUUCUUUCUUAAAAAUAUUAUAUACGAUGACCCAAGCUGCAGAGAUAUGGGCCGAUGUCUAGAAAAAACCGCUUGCGACGGUUUCUCACAAUGUUAUACGAAAAUGAUCGAGGCACGGACGAGAUCAGCUUGCUCGUCGAGCAUUUAUAUAAUUCUUAGCAGCACGUGGUACACUUUGUUAUUGUUUAAGAAUUCGUUUUUCUUUUUUAUCGUUAGACAAAUGGCAAUAAUUAUUUUAUAUACGUAACGUUCGCACGACGAAGAAAGCAACGUAUAAAAAAAAAAAAAAAAAGAAACAAAAAGGGAAACAAAUUUUUUUUCAAAGAUUUCGAACGUUCCGAUCUGGCGUGCUGAAACUACAGUUUAGUGAGCUCCUCGAGCAGUUGAUAAAGAAAAAAAAAAAGAAAUAUAUUAUUUAGAAUUUAAAUUGAUCGUAAAUUCGUCCAUAAAAUUAUUUGCAUCAUUAUCGCUGUACAUUCCAAAGUUUUAUAAAUUCAAAUUUAUAUUUAUAAUUUAUAUUUAUAAUUUCGAAAGCGAACUGCGGAGUCAUGUACUAACUGUAAUUUCAUCGUCGCAAUUUAUAUUACAUACAUAAUCAUACAUAUAAUAUAUACAUAUAUAAAUAAUUAUAUAUUACACAUAUAAUUCUUUAUAUAUGUAAAGAUAUAUUUUAUGAAGAGAUGAUUUUUUGAAAGAGAUCACACACGAGUGCACUUUAUAAUACGCGUGAAAUGGUAAAGAAAAUUAAAAGAUAAAGAAACUGAAUAGCACACGAGAUAUAAAGAUUUUAUAUAGCAUCUAAAAUAUAUUAUUAUAGAUCGUGAGUGUAUAUAGUAGUUCUACGAGACAAUAUAAUUUUUAUCUAAUUUUAAGUGUAUAAUUCACACUGUCAAAAGGUGCCUUCUUCGAAAAAAUUUUCGUUCGAUAUAUCAUGUAUAAUAAUAAAUAAAUAACGAAGAGAGAAUCUGAAAAGGGAAAAUCUCAUUGUAAAUCGCGACAAGAGAAACAUUGUCGAUCAUGCAUUCCCAAAAGAUUCGUCUCGAUUCUGUUUGUGAAAUUCGAGGGAAACGCAAUUGUAAAAAGUUCGUGUUCCGUUAAUUAAAUAAAAUAAUCGAUCUGCAUCGACUUAUUGUCACAGGUUGAGGUUUGCGAUCAAUGCGUUUCAUCGUGACGAUGGACGGACGACGAACUGGAGUGAAUUAUUUUGAACAGCUUUUCUUACAUUACUGUGUACGAUUUAACUCAUAGUUUGUGAUAAUAAAUAUUAUAAUUAUUAUAGUA